AUGAAGGUACUUUUGGGAAAGAAAGGUAUCAAGACGAAGAGCGCCAGCGAAGUUGGCAAGAAGAAAGUGGAUUACUUCCGUGGGAAGGACUUCAAGAAGUUCCUGCUUGAACAUGACACCAUUCUGAAGAAGAAAUGCUCCAAAGCUUUGGACGAGACCUUAGAGGGAAAUAUUCCUGAGAGUGAUCGGGAUAUCGAGAAGCUUGGCAACGAGCUAAUUCAGCGGAACUUCUGCUACAAGGCAAUGUACAAGCCUUUGAAUCCGACCUCCAAGUCGGACGAUGGGUCGGAGAAGAAGCCAAAGAAGUGGCCUGACCGUUUGGGCAGGACACCGAACCAAAGCUUCGAUUGCGAAGGGUUCUACGUGAUCACCUACGAAGGAGGAACUGGCUUGCAGCACUUCCUACUUGCCCUAAUUAUUGCGGGGGUCCUGCUUGCAUGCAUGUUCCCGGUGUGGCCUAUGUGGGCUAAGGUGGGCGUUUGGUAUCUCAGUGUGAUCUUCCUGACGCUCUACUUUGGCGUCCUCAUUUUGCGGAUGUUGAUUUUCACAAUGUUCUGGGUGAUAGGCUUCGAUUUCUGGAUUUUCCCCAACCUCAACGACGAGUACUGUGGCUUCCUUGAUUCCUUCCAGCCGUUUUACUCAUGGGAAAAGAGAAAGGAUGAUGCCCUCAUGCUUCUAGUCAGAUUUGCCAGCUUGGGUAUUGCAGCUGUAGCCAUCCAGCAGAUUGCUGAAAACACAUCCUUCGAGGAUGUUCAGGACCUCGUCAAAAGUUCAUACGCUGACGUGCUGGCCUGGGGUGUUGACAAGCUCACAGCUUUGCCAGGUUCAGAAAAGCAGGCUCUUCCCAGUGUUGAGGAGUUGCAAAAAGAGAAGGAUUUGGAGGAAAGUGAAGCCAAUGCGAGCCAAGUAACUGCUGACAUGGCGGACGAAGAUGAUGAUGCGGAUGACACCAAAGGUGCACCGCCGAAAGAGGAGACCCAGGAAAGCGACCAGGGCGUUCGGGGACACGGCCGCCAGCUUAGCAGAAGCAGAAGCCAGCGAUGCGAUGACGAGAGGAAAAAAGGGCGCUACGUCAUCUCAGUGAGUGCCUGCACAGAUAGCCAAGAGUCAGAAGAGGAGGAAUACAGUACUUCAUACUCCUCCGACACCUCGGUGGUGGAAGCUGAGCAGAAGAGCAAUGGCCCACGCUUGGACAAGGAUGAAGUUCAGCACUUCAGGUGGGCUUCUGGUUUGGCCAUGAACCACCGCUACACUGUGCUAGAUCUGCUUGGUGACGGCACCUUUGGCCGUGUGCUUCUAGCUGAAGAUCAAAGGAAGAAGCGACAGGUUGCUAUAAAGAUCAUUCGCAAUGUCCAGAAGUACACCCGCAAUGCUAUGCGGGAAGCUGAGAUCUUGAAGGACAUUCGAAAAGCAGAAUCUGGGAAAUCUAGCGGUUGCGUUCGGCUACAUGAGACCUUCUUCCAUGAAGCGAAUGGAGAACGACUCUUUUGCAUUGUUUGUGAGGCUCUUGGCAUGUCUUUGUAUGACCUCCUGAAGAAGAACCGCUAUCGUGGUUUGUGGGUGCAGGACAUUCAGAGCGUGGCUCAGCAAUGCCUCAAUUCUCUACGCUUCCUUCACGCAGACAUGAAUUUAACUCACACUGACCUCAAACUUGAAAAUGUUCUUUUUCAGUCAUCUGAGUCUCCACAGCCUUCUUCCUUUCCUCGAGAGGCAGCGUGGCUAGCGUCCAAGUCAACUUCCUCACGCCCUAGUGCUGAAUAUGUCCGGCCUGUGUCAACCGAAAUCAAACUCAUCGACUUUGGCAAUGCAACCUAUGAGUUGGAGCAUCACUCUGUAAUCAUCAACACUAGGCAAUACCGAGCACCAGAGGUCAUUCUAUCCUUGGGUUGGAAUGAGCUUUCCGAUUUGUGGUCUGUGGGCUGCAUCGUGAUGGAGCUCUACACCGGUGAACUCCUGUUUCGAACGCAUGAGAGCCUUGAGCACUUGGCCAUGAUGGAGCGAAGCAUCGAGAGAUUUCCACAAGCUUUGCUUGAAAGAGCUGGGCAGCGACCUGAUGGGCGCUUUGUCACACAGGACAAAAUGGCGUCAUGGAAGUUGCGUUCGCCUGAUGCCGAGUCCGCCAGCAAGGUGAAGCAGCAGAAGCCGUUGAAGAAAUUGGUGCAGAAAGAGCACAUGUGGGCCCAGACUAUUUACGCUCGGCGGUGGGAGCUGGAAACAUGGGCGAACCUGAACGUAAAUGAACCAAGGUCGUUGGCGAACUUUACUGCUUCGUUGUUGGUGAUCGACCCUGCUAAGCGCCCUUCAGCUCGAACAGCCGCCACCUCACGCCUUGCCAAGCUGUUGAAAUCAUGA